CAUCGUGUAUCCCUUGGUCGGCUUUUUUUCGUUGGCGCUAUUAUUGUGAUUACUUUCACAUUUUCUCCCGGUAGUGCGAUUGAUCAUUUGUUCCGUGUGGCAAAAAGCAUAAGGAGAAUCAGCGUAACCGUUCCUUUCAUAAAUCAACAGAUAUUUAAAUGGCGUCCAAAAUGAAGAAAGAGAAAGUAGCCAUCAUUGGCAGCGGCCUGAUCGGACGCUCAUGGGCGAUGCUGUUCGCCGGUGUCGGCUACCAGGUCACGAUCUACGAUAUCAUCCCCGACAUUGUCCAGAAGGCGCUGAAGGAAACCAAGGAAGAGUUGGACAAUCUAGAAAAACAGGGCCUCAUUCGGGGCUCGCUGACGGCCGCGGAACAAUUCAGCUGCAUCAAAGGUACGGCUGACCUAAAGGAUGCUAUCAAAGGCGCCAUUUACGUACAGGAGUGUGUGCCAGAGCGCUUGGACAUUAAGAAAAAACUGUACACCGAGGUGGACGGGAUAGUCGGACCGAACACCAUACUGGCGAGUUCCACGAGCACCUUCAUGCCGUCACUGUUCAGCGAAGACAUGAAACAUCGGGCACAGGUCCUCGUUGCCCACCCGGUAAAUCCGCCGUACUAUGUCCCGCUUGUGGAGAUAGUGCCUGCCCCGUGGACUAAGCCGGAAUACACGACAAAAGCCCGUGAGCUGAUGACGGAGAUCGGCCAGAAGCCGGUGACGCUCUCGCGCCAAAUCGAAGGCUUCGCACUGAACCGUAUUCAGUAUGCGAUCCUCAACGAAACGUGGCGCCUGGUGGCGGACGGUAUCCUCAACGUGAAGGAUAUCGAUGUCGUCAUGUCGGAGGGGCUGGGCAUGCGGUACGCUUUCCUCGGUCCACUCGAAACAGCACACCUGAAUGCGGAGGGCAUGCUGAACUACUGCGAACGGUACAGUAGUACGAUCUACUCGGUCAGCCAGACGAUGGGACCGACGCCGCAUAUGGAAGGCAAAAUAGCCGAGCAGGUUUCAAAGGAGCUGGAGGAGAUGGUGCCGAUCGAUAAACUCCCGGAGCGACGUGCUUGGCGCGAUGCUUGUCUGACGAAGCUGGCUCAGCUAAAGAAAACUAUUUAAUAGAUUACCCUGAGGGUUCAGUUAUUUUAUCCUCAACGUGUCAUAUGCUACUUGUAGCCCGAUUUUAUCAAAAAAUGACCAUUCAAUAAUAAAGCUAUACG